UACAAGUUGUAAGUGUCAGGGUGAAAAUACAUUCUCAGUUGGUUUUCUUCAGAAGCAUAAAUCAACGAAGCAGGUAUCUUAAAUAUGUGAACAUAAAAGGAACUCUACCUGUAUGUUCAUGUUUCAGGAAAGUAAGACAAAAUUGGCUUUACUAACUGUUUUAAACUCUAUUUGAAUAACCUGCGGUGUUGUAUAUAAGACUGGAUACAAAGAUGGGCCACACCUCACCAUCUUGCCUUAGGACACCUCGGCAUGUGGACAAGGGAGGACUGGGAUUGAAACACUAACGGUGUGGCCGUUAGUGUUGGUGACGGUAUACAAGAUAAUUAAUUAAUUAAUGUUUAUUGUUUAAAAUAACAAUUUUUUAGACUUUACACAAAAACUUUAACACAGAUAUUCAAGAUUUGUGUAAAUAAUGUGAAAUAGAGAAAAAAAACACAGUCUUAUUGCUUCAGUACCACAGUGGGCUUUUAUGUAUUUAUCUACAAAAUGAGCCACAAGUGUGAAGUAAAGGGGAUUACAAAAGAAUUAAGGUUUUCAAGAAAAUUUUAGAAAGACCUUUAAUUAAACUUAAAAUUUCCAUUGUUCUAGUUCCAAGCAAUUUUCAAUGGCUAGCAUGGUGACUUUAACCUAUGAAGAUCAUAGGCAUCAAAAGCUUUAAAGAAAAAGCAGAUGCUUGACGUUAGUUGCCUUUUCCAAUAAACCGAACAAGGAAAAUCUGACUGCAUUUUACCAGACAACUAGUUGUUCGAAGAUGUCCAAGUCAGAGGCUGAAGAGACAAUGUUGGCUUUGAUUGAGCUCUAUUGCUAUGGAAAGUAUUUCAAUCACGCUGUAAAUGCAGCAGAAGAUGCUCAGAGGAAGUUUGGCAAUGACCCCAUCUACAGUUUUUUCCAAGCAUAUGGUUCCAUUAUGCAAGACCAAACUCAAGAAGCUUCUGUGGAGUUGGAGUCAUUAAGAGAUAGUCAAGAUGUAUCUCUCUGCACAGUUAUAGCGCUUGCCUAUGCUGAGAGAAAAAAGACUAACCCAGACAGGGAAGUCGUUCGAGCACUUAAUGCAAAGAUCAAACAUGAUCGUAAAAGUGCGUCCCCCAAGAGUCUUUAUUAUGCUGGACUGUUUCUUUGGCUAUAUGGGCGAAAUGAUAAGGCAAAAGAGUACGUAGAGAAAAUGAUCAAACUCUCCAAUGGCUCUAGAGAGGGGAUCAUCCUUAAAGCCUGGAUAGAUGUGACAUCUGGUAAAGAUGACUAUGCCAGGAAAGCUGGAACAUACUUUGAUGAGGCACUGAAAGAGAAAGCAGAUGUUUUUGCCCUGAUGGGGAAGGCACAAUACCAUGAAUAUCUUCAGAACUACUCUGGAGCAUUAGAAAUGGUCAACCAGGUCAUUAAGAGUUCCCCUGGGUUUGUGCCUGCGCUCAUCAAGAAGAUGAAACUGCUGCUCAGCCUUCAAGACUGGGAUCAAGCCAUAAAGGUAGCGCGCAGGCUUUUAGAGAAGGAUAGAAAUAACCUGGAGGCAGUACUGAUGUUAGCUCUGCAUUCUUUAUGUAAAGAUGGAGAUAUAACUGAGUCAGUGAAACGGCUUUCAACCCUAAUCAAAAACUUGGAUUAUCUGGAACCCCACAACCCUGAGCUAAUCUACAGAAUGUCUCUUGCCUUCACUCGUGUUUGUGGACGAAAUGAGAAAGUGAUUGAGCAAACGUUCAGGAUGGUGGAAAGAGCCUUCUCUGUGGAUUCCAGGGACUCGUAUUUAGCCACAGAGCUGGGCUACCAGAUGGUCCUUCGGGGAAGUAUAAAGGAGGCUAUGAAGUGGUACAAUAUUGCCAUGGCUUUGGAUAAGACCAGUGUUUCUGCUGUGACUGGCAUAAUUCAUUGCCAGCUGAUCGAGGGCCACCUUGAGGCUGCAAAACAACAAUUGGCAUUUCUCGCAGAGAAUCAACAAUCUAUUGAAAAAUCAGGAGAGCUACUGUACCUACGGGCUUUACUGGCAGUGAAAACGUGCAGACCACAGGAAGAGGUUACCAAUCUGCUGGAUGAGGCAGUGGACAAACACCUCUCCAAACUGCAAGGUGUGCCUCUGGGAGUAGAGUACUUGGAGAAGCUCAACCCAGACUUCCUUUUGGAGAUAGUCAAAGUGUAUCUUGCACUUUGUCCUGCUAAGCCUCCGGCCCAGGGCCAAACUCUCGCUCCUCAACUCCAGCAAUGUGACAAAUUGUUGGAUACUGUUGUCAAGAUUGUGCCAGGUCUCCACCAAGGGGUCUUCCUGUUAGCCAAAGUCAGAUAUCUCGCUGGCGACACUGACACUGCUCAGAGGAUUCUCCAUCGUUGCUUGGAAAAGUGCCCCUCUCAUGCAGAAGCUCAUCUACUAAUGGCACAGAUCCAUCUGUUGCAGGGUAACUUCACAUUGUGUUCCCAGUCUAUUGAACCCUGCCUCAACCAUAAAUUUGAGAUUCGAGAACAUCUCUUGUACCACCUGAUCAUGGCUAAGUGUCAGAAGAAAAUGGGCAAACUGACAGAGGCUAUUCAAACAUUGCAGAUGGCCAUGAGUCUCCCAGGUGUUCAAACAGCUGGAUCCUUGUUCAAGUCCAAGAGGAAGAAGAUUGAGCUGAGCAUUUCUGACUGUGUCUCUGUCUUCUUGGAGUUGGCUGAGGCCCUGAGGCUCAAGGGAAUGACGCAUGAAGCAGUAAAGGUGAUACAAGAUGCCCUCAUUGAGUUCUCUGGGACCCCUGAGAAGCCACGUGUCAUUAUUGCAGAUGCAGACAUGGCCCUUUUCCGUGGUGACUCUGAGAUGGCGCUUAGUAUGCUUAGAAGCAUUUGUCCCAAGCAGCCCUACUACAUCCAAGCAAAUGAGAAAAUGGCAGAUAUAUAUCUGAACCACAGAAAUGAUCCAAAAUUGUAUACAAGCUGUUAUAAAGAAAUGGCGAGGAAGAUGCCCAGCUGUCAAACUUUUAUCUUGCUAGGUGAUGCCUAUAUGACGAUUCAAGAACAAGAGAAAGCCAUACAAAUGUAUGACCUUGUUCUGAAGAAAAACCCAGAAUAUGGUGGUUUAGUUGGCAAAAUUGGAAAAGCACUGGGUGAGACUCAUAACUAUGCCAAGGCAAUAACUUACUAUGAAGUUGUGUUGAAAACUAAGCAACAGAGCUUCCUACGCUAUGACCUGGCUGUGCUGCUGUUAAGGGUGAAAAAGUACAAGGACUGUGAGAGGGUAUUGCGUGAAGCGCUGGACCAUCAACCAAUGAAUGAAGUUAAGGAACUCAACGAGUAUUGCCAAUAUCUUCUCCUAUUGGCAAAUGUCCAGAACAAGGUUGACAAAAAUGAGGAAGCUUUACUUUGCCUAAAAAGAGCCCGGGAUGUGCAGGGAAAGGUACUUACUAGGGUGCAGUCAGAGCAGCCUCACACUGUCCCAAUGCAGAAGCAGUUUGCUGGAGAGAUCUGCGCUGAGAUCGCUCAACACUACAAACGACUGGGGUUUUAUAAAACUGCAGUCAAAUUCUACAAGGAAGCUCUUGUGUAUUGUGAGACUGAUUGCAAGGUGUUGCUGGACUUGGCUCGGUUGCACCUCACUCUGGAUGAAGUUGAUGCGUGCCAGGCGCAAUGCUGCCUCAUUCUGAAGAAUGACCAGUUUAAUGUGGACGCAACUAUGAUGAUGGCUGACACCAUGUUAAGGAAGCAGGACUAUGAACAGGCUGUUUCCCAAUGUCAAAAACUUGUAAAGGGGAAACCAGACAACUACCAAAGUCUGUCAUGUCUUAUCGACGUGUUGAGGAGGGCUGGGAAGUUGGAAGAAGUGCCCAGAUUUCUUGAUAUGGCAGAAAAAAAAUCUUCCACGACUGAGUUUGACCCUGGGUUGAACUACUGCAAGGGACUUUAUCUUUGGUAUACAGGAGAACUUAAUGAUGCCCUACACCAUUUUAAUAAAGCUCGGACAGACAACGAUUGGGGUCAACACGCUAUGUACAACAUGGCGGAAAUUUACCUUAACCCUGACUAUGACCCCAUGGGAGAACAGAUGGUUGGGAAUCUAGAUAGUGAAAUGAAGAACUCCACAAAGAAGCAGGAAGUACAGCUCCUUGCUAUAAGAACAGCUAGGAAACUGCUGAAGGAGUUAAAGCCUAAGACACCAUGCGGACACCUACAGCUCCGCAUCCUGGAGAACUACUGCCUUCUGGCAACCAAAAAGAAGGCCAACAUGGAAAUAGCCCUCAAAGAUUUCAUGGAGAUUGCCAAAAAGGAGAAAGACAACGUCCCAGCACUGUUGGCCGUAGCGACUGCUCAUAUGAUGCUCAAAGAUCAUCUGCGGGCCAGGAACCAGCUCAAACCCUUAGCUCAGAUGAAGUGGAGCCUAGUUGAUGCCGAUGAGUUUGAAAAGAGCUGGUUGCUCCUGGCAGACAUCUAUAUCCAUUCAGGGAGGUAUGACUUGGCGAGGGACCUGCUGAAGAGAUGCCUCAAGCAUAACAAGUCAUGCAGUAAAGCUUAUGAAUAUCUGGGCUAUAUGAUGGAAAAAGAUGGAAAAUUCCAUGAUGCAGCACAAAACUAUGAACUGGCUUGGAAAUAUGGGAUUCAGACUAGCCCAUCUAUUGGAUACAAGCUUGCUCUCAACUACUUAAAGGCAAAGAGGCAUGACAAUGCCAUACAUGUGUGUCAUAAGGUUCUGGCCGCUCAUCCAAAUUAUACAAAAAUUAGAGAGGACAUCCUGGACAAAACUGAUACUUCUCUGAGAUUUAAGAGUUAGGCCUGUGUCUGUUUCUCAGUCAUCAUCAUCAGUUUAACCCUUACAUACUGUUUGGGUCAAAUUUGUCCCGAUGAGACAUUUGACAGCAGUAAAAAUACCCUAAAUAUCUUCUUUUAACCUGAAACUUGUAUAUAUUCAUUAUACUUUUCGUAGAGGUGAUAUAAAUGUUUGUACAUUGAGGUUGUUCCAGGUAAAAAAACGUAAUUGGAUUAAUACGGUUUUAAUGUUUGUUAUAAAUAACAAUAAAUCCCAACAGUUCCUGUUUCUUGCAAUUCUCGCUUUCAAUAAAAUAUGUUCAAAACUUUAUGGCUGUACAGAUUGUAUGUCUUAGGUAAAACAGGACAUGAUAAUGUGAGAUGUUUUUCAAAAAAAAUAAUGCUGAAACAUUAAUAAGGAUUAAUCAUCCAUUUAUUAAUGUCAGGCUAUUUAUACCUGCGCUGGAGAUGGACAUUUCAGCUACUUUUAAUCUCAGUUUCCCCGGUGCCUUGAUAUCGCAAACAAAGUAAAAAAUGUAGCGUGUUUUCCAAGCUUUCUACUUCUGCUUCUUUAACUGCUUUUAAUUCAAAUUUUAACACAGGAUAUGCAGGAAAGCUAAAGCUAACACGGACAAAAUGCUUGUAAGUUUUUUAAGUUCCCUGCUCCGCGUGUUGUGUUUGUCCCUGCGCAGUGAUGUCGGCUGUCUGUGUUGUUAACUGUCGACUUCUCACCGAAGCGAAGCCUCGGGGUUGUGUUGUUGACGCGUAGCAGCCGCAGCACAUGGGGCUACGUGAAGUUAGCUAACGUAGCUGCUUGAGACACAGGAGGCGUCUAUUUGCUGAAACACAGCGGUACCAAAGGCGUGUGCGACAGAGGGGGCCAAGAAGCAGUCCGCACCCGAAGCUUUUAGACAAGACCCUCCUGUGUUUUAACCGGAUGAUUUACUUCUUUUACUAACACUUAUAUUCGUUUUGGGAAAGGGAGAAAAUACAGUGUGUGCUCAUCUGUGACUUGUCAUCAUUGCUUCAACAUGAGUUGAAAAACAAAACCAAUGACCUCUUACCUCGAGAGGAAGAAGUAGUCAUCUUUAUAAACCGUAUAUAACGUGAGACAGGACAAAAGUACUUGGUACAUUACAAAUACACUAAAAACCACUGUUAUACUUUUAUCUGACCAACCGGGUCUGGAUGUCCUGACAACUGUUAAGUGUCCUCUGAUUUGUAUUUGUCGUUGACUUCAGUUAAACUCCUACUUUAUGGAUGUGAAGUGUCCAGGCUGCUACAAGAUCACCACUGUGUUCAGCCAUGCACAGACGGUGGUUCUCUGUGUGGGAUGCUCAACUGUGUUGUGCCAGCCAAAAGGAGGAAAGGCCAGACUGACAGAGGGUUGCUCUUUCAGGAGGAAGCAACAUUAAAAAGGGAUUGCCUCCUCAAUCCUCCAUGUCUGUAAUUCAGCCGUGGCGUUGAUAACAUUUUCCAUUGAUUACAAUGUAGUUCAUUCAAUAAUGAUACUGUCACUGUACAAAUGUUCAACUUUUAAGAAGACUUUCUAAACUUGCUAGCAGUUUUUUUUAAUACGAAAUGAGAGAUCUCAAUAAAUAAAACUGUUAUAAAAAAC